AUGGCGACUGCUGUCGAGUUAGCCAUCGAGAAGAUCGAUGAGUACAAGUCGAAGAUUGGGAGAACUCUCGGCACGCCAAUGCGUCUUCGUGACCUGAUUCGACAAGUUCGUGCAGCAAGGACAAUGGCCGAAGAGCGUGCUGUUGUGGAUAGGGAGAGUGCGAAUAUCCGAGAAAGUUUCCGGGACGAUGAUUCCCCUUGGAAGUGUCGGAAUAUCGCGAAACUUCUAUAUAUUCAUAUGCUCGGAUAUCCGGCUCACUUUGGCCAGAUGGAAUGCAUGAAACUUGUGGCUCAUCCUCGAUUCACUGAUAAGAGAAUUGGUUAUCUUGGUGCUAUGCUUCUUCUUGACGAACGUUCCGAAGUUCAUUUGUUGGUUACAAACUCGUUGAAAAAUGACCUAACUUGCUCAACUCAAUUUGUAUCCGGAUUGGCUCUCUGUACUUUGGGAUCAAUUUGCUCUGCAGAAAUGUGCCGUGAUCUUGCGAAUGAAGUUGAGAAAAUAAUCAAACAAAACAACGCUUAUCUUAAAAAGAAGGCUGCUUUAUGUGCCUUUAGAAUUGUUCGAAAAGUACCGGAGUUGAUGGAAGUUUUUAUUCCAUGUACUCGUUCCCUUCUUGGAGAGAAGAAUCAUGGAGUUUUAAUGGGUGCAACGACUUUGGUGACCGAAAUGUGCGAACGAAGUCCAGAUGUGUUGAAUCACUUCAAGAAGUUGGUUCCAAAUCUUGUCAGGAUUCUCAAGAAUCUUCUGAUGAGUGGAUAUUCUCCGGAGCAUGAUGUCACAGGAAUCUCUGACCCAUUCCUCCAAGUCAAAAUACUGCGACUAUUGAGAGUUUUGGGGAAGGAUGAUGUACGUGUCACAGAAGAAAUGAAUGAUAUUCUCGCCCAAGUUGCCACGAAUACGGAAACAGCAAAGAAUGUUGGAAAUGCAAUUCUUUAUGAAACAGUGCUUACAAUCAUGGAGAUCAAGAGUGAAAGUGGCCUUCGUAUUCUCGCCGUCAAUAUUCUUGGUAGAUUCUUGUUAAAUACUGAUAAGAAUAUUCGAUAUGUUGCGUUGAAUACUCUUUUGAAAACCGUUCAUGUUGAUUAUCAGGCUGUUCAACGUCACCGAAACGUUGUCGUUGAAUGUCUCAAAGAUCCAGAUAUUUCAAUUCGUAAACGUGCCAUGGAACUGUGUUUCGCUUUGAUGAAUCGAACAAAUAUUGCCAUAAUGACCAAAGAAGUUCUUAUUUUCUUGGAAACAGCUGAUGCUGAAUUCAAGUCAGAAUGUGCGUCAAGAAUGUAUAUUGCCACUGAACGAUUUUCACCAAAUCACGAAUGGCAUCUGGAUACAAUGAUCACUGUUUUGAGAUUGGCUGGAAAGUACGUUCCCGACGAGGUUGUCUCUUGCAUGAUUCAAAUGAUUUCUGCAAAUGAUCAACUUCAAAGUUACGCUGUUUCUCAAUUAUAUCAUGCUGCUCAAAGAGAUGCAAUCAAUGCACAACCACUCCUUCAAGUUGCUUUCUGGACAAUCGGAGAAUUCGGAGAUUUACUUCUUCAGCCAACCGAUGUAGACAGCACUCCAAUUUCUGAGAGUGAUGUUAUCAGUGUAUUUGAAACCGUUCUCCCAUCUGUACUGACUUCAUUGAUGACGAAGUGUUAUGGAGUUACUGCUCUCGCAAAACUGGCAACAAGAUUCCAUUCAACCGGUGAUAGAAUCGAAGCAUUGGUUCGAAUGAAUCAAGCACAUAUUCAGCUAGAGUUGCAGCAAAGAUCUGUAGAAUUCAAUGUUAUUCUCCGUUUGGGAGAACUGAGAGACGGACUGCUCGAAAGAAUGCCUGUCAUAACACAUAACUCAUUGAAUGCUGCUGCUCCUUCCAUGAUUGAGGAUGACGUUUCAACCGAUGCUGCACCAGUGACCAACGGAGAUCUCCUUGGUGAUCUGAACCUCGGAUCAACCUCUGACUACAGUGCCGAUUUGCUCGGUGGCGGUGGGGGCGCACCGGCAGCACCCGCUCAACAACAACAACACAGCAACUCAAAUAUACUUGACAUAUUUGGAGAUAGCAGCUCUCUUCCAUCUUCAAAUGCAGGAGUUUCUGAUCUAGAUUUUGGAAUUCCAGCUGCCAAAGAAUCUGCACCAACAUAUCAACCUGUGAUUGCAAUCAAUUCAAAAGGGAUUGAAGUUCAGAUCCAAGUUAUUGAAUCAUGGAGAAACGAGCAGGCUCGUCUUAAAAUGACUGCAUACAAUUAUACACCGAGAACAUUGACAAAUUUCAAUUUCUUAGCUGCUGUCACUAAAACGUUUGAUAUCGCUUUAGAGCCAUCUUCAUCACCGAAUAUCGAACCAAAUGAGCAUGCGACUCAAUUCAUGACAAUCACCAGAAAAGUACCCAAUACAGCGGCUCGUAUGAGAACGAAAAUCUCUUACAUUGUGGAUGGUAGUGAACAAGUUGGGGAUGGUGUCGUCAAUGAGUUUCCUGGAUUGUAA